AUGGUUGUGGACGACAUGCAGUUCAUGAGCCUCCUCAAGGGGAAACGCAUCAAGCUGACCCUUAAGACCUCGUCCUACAUCGGCGUCGUCCAGAGGAUCAACCCCAACAAAACACUGGUUCUGGCGGACGUGGUUGGUGUGAAUAAUGGAUUCAAAUACCCUGGCUCCAAAAUCUUCUUUGGGCAUGAGAUCAUCAAUGUGGAGUUUCACAACGACACCGACAGGGACAGUAGAAGGAUCAGUGAGAGCAGCCUGGAGGACCAGGUGGAGGAGGAGGAGUUCACCAACUUCAUCGUCAUCGACGAGUUCCAUGCGAAGUUUGGGCCUGCUGUGAUGGACAUCAAAAAGCAGCAUGUGAUCAGUGUGGGAGCUGAUGGACUGGAGGUGCUACAGAGUGGCAGACUGUGUUGGCUGCAGAUUGCCACUAGAAACAAGGUAUACUUGUUUGAUAUUUUGUUACUUGGAGCCCGAGCCUUUAAGAACGGCCUGUCUAUGAUCCUGGAAAAUAAGCAAAUACUAAAGGUGAUUCACGACUGCAGAGCCAUCGCUGGAUGUCUGAUUUCCCAGUUUGGAGUGAAGCUGACCAACGUCUUUGACACACAAGUGGCCGAUGUCAUGUGCUUCCACUCAGAGACAGGCGGGUUUCUUCCUGACAGAGUCAGUAAGCUGCAGGAGGUGGUGAGUCUCCAUCUGAAGGUACCGUCCUCCCAGCUCUUGUCCCUUCGGAUGAAGUCACAGCUCAUCCAGGAUGAAAGAGAGAUGUGGUUCAAGCGCCCGUGUCCUGUGACCCUGCUGAAGGUGAUGGCUCAGUCAGUGAUCCACCUGCAGCCUCUCAGACUGGUGUUGCUGGAUAAUCUGAUGAUUGACUACAUGACACUGGUGGAUUCAUACCUUCACAGUAGCCACUAUGAACCUGAUGGAUUGGACCUGGUCAGAAUGAAGAGUGUGUUGGAGUUGCCCACAGAACUCAGGCAGCUGCAGCAAAUGCAUCAGGAGCGACACAAGUGGGCUGCGGACCACUACCCCGUCACAGAGCAUGGUCUGCUGGCUCGCUUCAAACGCCAAACCAAGAUCCCAUCCCAGACCUUACCUGCACCAGAAGAGGUGAGUCAGACACAGACAGGCUCCUGUGAACCUGCAACUGUGGAGUCGCCACCAGCAGCACAACUGGACCUUCUCUCUAACCAAAAACCCACACCUCCCCCAAGUGUUUCCUCUCUUGAUGUCCAUGCCUCUCCUGACCUGCCAGCACAAGUGUCCCCUGUCAGUCCCCUGGCUGUGGCUGUAGGCAGAGGCUGCACAGACACACUGAUGAACACAAUAGGUAGAGGAAGGCCUGUUGGAAAAGAGCAGUCGGCCCAAUAUGUCUUACCUGCCAUAGGGAGAGGCCUUUUCUUCCAGAUGCCGUCAGCCCAGAUCCCCGGAGCGAGCGCUGGGGACAUCAAAAGUCCAGGCAGGGUGGAGACGACUCCAGGCCUCACACCCUCCCAGUGGGUGACGCCGGCUGGCACCAGUGCUACUGAAAUCCCUAAGGAUACUUCUGGGAUGAGAGGCGACAUUUCCCCAGCGACUCCCCAGUCCCUCUCACCCUCACUGGCUCAGCUGUUCAAAUCCUUCACAGGCUAA